AUUGGCGUUUCCGAGCUUUUAUUUUGAAGGACACCUCAACCAGGAAGAGAAAUGUCGGGUCUUUCCUAGCUACACAAAGUAAAGAAGCUUCAACUUGCUCGGCUCGUAUUUUUCUGCAAUAUUCUCAAUAUUGGGCAUUUUCACCAUGUCUUCUUCGACACCCAUUAAGAUUGGAAUUAUCGGCGGUUCGGGUCUUGACGACCCUGAUAUAUUGGAGGGAAGAACGGAACGUUAUGUUGACACGCCGUAUGGAAAGCCAUCAGAUGCCUUGGUAUUGGGAAAAAUAAAAAAUGUUGACUGUGUGCUCCUAGCAAGGCAUGGAAGACAACACACCAUCAUGCCAUCCAACGUAAACUACCAGGCCAACAUCUGGGCGCUGAAGAAGGAGGGCUGCACACAUCUGUUGGUCACCACGGCAUGUGGGUCGCUGCGAGAGGAGAUUCAACCUGGUGACAUCGUCAUCAUUGAUCAAUUCAUUGACCGGACCACCAAGAGAGCUCAAACCCUUUACGACGGUCAGCCCACCAGUCCUCCCGGUGUCUGUCACAUUCCCAUGGCCGAGCCUUUCUGCAACAGAACUAGGGAGGUGCUAGUGGAGGUGGCCCGCACACUGGGCAUCAAGUGCCACGCGAGGGGCACCAUGCUUAGCAUCGAGGGGCCUCGCUUCUCGUCACGGGCCGAGAGCCUGAUGUUCCGCCAGUGGGGCGCCGACGUUAUCAACAUGACCACCGUGCCCGAGGUGGUCCUUGCCAAGGAGGCGGGAUUGUGCUAUGCCAGCAUCGCCAUGGCGACGGACUACGACUGCUGGAAGGAGCACGAGGAAGCGCGAUAAAUGUCCAAUCCAUUUGAACUGGUGGGGCAGACAGAAAGAAAAAUGUAAGCAGUUUUUUUUUUCUGCACAUAUGUAUUAUACACCCAAAUUUGUGAUUUUUUUUGUUGUUGUUGCAAAAAAAGUAGAAAGGCAACAGUGCCUUGACCUAAAUUUACCCCUUCAUAACUUUUGUUUGUGUCACCUACUCAACGGCUUGACCUCAUGUUAUUUGCCCGGAUGAAGACUGAAGCUUAUGACUCACCGUGAGUCAGCCUCUUCUGUCAGGGCUAUACCGGAGGCUGCCAGCUGAGAAGACAGAGUGGGGGGUGGUGGAUGUGCCGGGUGCCGGCGGCAUUACAGGAGGUAGUUGUGAAGCAGAGGCGAGCGGAAGGAUGUGGCGAGCAUUGGUUGAAGAGGUCAGCGGCAGGAACUCAGGAAGCAGACGAUCACCGAAGGCUGCCGUUAUCACUGAGUUAUGGCUCUCAAUAUUUAACACUUGCCCAAAAUAAUUCUAUUCAGUCUGACCACUGGUGUUAACGUUUUGGUUGCUGAUUACAAAAUAGGUCAGGUUUUUCUCUACAGUUUAGCCAUUUACUAUGUUGUUACUUUAAGGAGACAAAUAACCAUAUCGUUUGUAAAAGCAUGAUAUUAAGUAAACAUUGCAAUCAUGCCUGUUUCUUUUAUAUUUCAUUGUAUGUCAGUGUUUGAACAUUUUUAUAAAACAAACAUAUAUGUUAGAUAGGCGGCUCUGGCCUUCCUGUGUGUAGUUUGCAUGUUCUCCCAGCGCCUGUGUGGGUUUUCUCUAGGUACUUCGGUUUUCUCCCACAUCCCAAAAAUAUGCAUGGUAGGCUGAUUGAACACUCCUAAUAGUCUGUCGGCGUAAGUGUGUGCGUGAAUGAUUGUCUCCAUGUUCCCUGUGACUGGCUGGCAACCAGUUCUGGGUGUACCCUGCCUCCUGCCCGUUGUUAGCUGGGAUGAGUGUUGUUAAUAACGGCGUUACAGUAUAACAGCGUUAUUUUUUUCAGUAGUGAGUAAUCUAAUUACUUUUUCCGUCUUUGCAACUGCGUUACCGUUACUCAGGAUGUGAAGGGGCACGUUGCCACGGUACUACACACUAGAGCUGAAACGAAUACUCGAGCAACUCGAGUUUAAAAACUGAUCCAAGUAAUUUUAUUCACCUCGAGUAAUCGUUUAUUUUGACAGCUCUAAGCAUCACGUUUUGCUCGGACUACUUUUAAUGCGGGACAACGCGCUGAUGUCACGUGCGUAGAGGAAGAAACAAAAAAACAAAAAAAAUUACCACAGCCGCUACAAACGACGCCGACGUUGCUAAAUACUAGCCCGCGCGAUGCUACGUUGGUAGCAGGUAGCGUCUGAUGAGUGUCAUAGAGAUCACAUGUAUGUUGAACUAGUUGCGAAAUGACAGACUCAGCCGCAUCUGGGCAGCGUUAGUAAACAGUUGCCAUCUUAAAGCAGUAGAGCGCUAAGCGCUAAUAAAGAGCGCUAAGCGCUAAUAAAUAAGAUUAACGUUACUGUCACUAGCUCAAGUAACGUUAGCCCUGCGGAGGGCUAGGUUUCUAUUAAUUAUGACCACUUUCGAUGCGUGGCUAACGUGUCUUACAUACAGGCUUUAACAUAACAUAGCGUUGUGGAGUGAUGAGGGUGUAAAAUAAAAACUCAAUCAUGCUAACUAUCAAUUUUAGCGCAGUAGUCAUUGGUGAAUAAAACAAGUAGCACUGGUCCCUAAUGUGCUCCAAUACAGCCUGUAUAAUACAUUUAUUUUGAACACUGCAAAAACUCAAAAUCCUAUCAGGACUUACAGUUUAGACUAACUUAAAACUUAACUAGAACUUAAAAAUGGCUUGACACAAAUAGAAAUUUAAUUGAAACACGUGGGAAAAAAUCCUAACUUUUAAGUGAUGUGUGUUAUCAAGCGUAACGGCAUUUUUAGGUAUU